AUCUCUAAAUUUUGGUGGUUGAAUUAUUUGCAAUUUUCAUCCAAUCGCGCCAAACACUGCGCAUUGCGCCACUUUCUUGAAAUUGACACGAAGCCAAGCUAGUUUCUAUUAUUUAAAUUGUGAAAAUGAGCGAGUUUGAUGCCGCAGCUGGUGUUCCCGAGGGCGAGGAGACCAAUCCGCUGGAGCAAUCGACUAUUACAAUGCUGGAUGUCCUGGAGCAGGAAAAGGAACUGGACGACGAAUAUGCCGCUGUGCUGGGCGCCUCCGAUGAGAAGUCCUGCACGUAUGCGAAGGGCCCGAUUGGACGGCAGGCCCUGUACUCCUGCCUCACCUGCUGCCCCGAGGCUCGCGAGGAUCUGUCCAAGGCCGCAGGAAUCUGCUUGGCCUGCUCCUAUCGCUGUCAUGAGCACCACGAGCUGGUGGAGCUCUACACCAAGCGGAAUUUCCGCUGCGAUUGCCCCACCCAGCGACUUGGCAAGUGCUCCCUAAAUCCACAAGUUGAGGGAGUUCAACCCCGGAACGAAGAGAAUCUCUAUAACCAGAAUUUCCAAGGGCUGUACUGCAAGUGCAAGCGCCCCUAUCCCGAUCCCGAUCGCACCGUCGAGGAGGUGAUGCUGCAAUGCGCCAUCUGCGAGGACUGGUACCACUUGCCGCACAUGACGGCACCCGGUGCCAGCGAGAAGUGGCUGGAUUCCUGCAGCGAGAUGAUCUGCGAUGGCUGCAUGGAUGCCAAACCCUUCCUAAAGGACUACACUGGACUGGCACUGCAGCCAGUGGGGGAGGAACAGGCAGACGACAGCCAGUUGAAGAACGAGUUGGACCGCAGCAUUAGCGAUAUUAUGAAUGUUCCUGAGGGCGAAUCUCCAGAAGAGGAGGGCGAGCCGAGCCAGAAGCGUCCCAAGCUGGAGAACUGCGUUCGUCCCAAGCCAACCAAAGAGCAUGAGGGAGCCGCUUUCUGGACUAAUGAUUGGCGCAAAUCGCUUUGCCAGUGCUCUGAAUGCCUGACGCUCUACAAGGAACUCGGCGUGGAGUUCCUGCUUGACGCCGAGGACUUGGCAAAGACGUACGAGGAGCGCGGCAUGAAGCGGGCGGAGGAGAAUUCCAGCUAUGAGCAAGGUAUUCGGGCACUGGCCUCCAUUGACCGGACACAGCAAAUCGAUGCGAUUACCGAGUACAACCGCAUGAAGGACAAGCUAAAGGAAUACCUGCAGGCAUUCGCAGCUAGCAAGAAAGUUGUAACCGAGGAGGACAUCAAUCGUUUCUUUGCCGGCAUGCGCAAUGAGAAUAAUGCAAACCUUGGUCAGCCCUACUUCUGUCGCUAAACGACUCGCUCUCUAAAUUAUUAUAGUAUUACCCACAUUCCCCCCAUGAAAACAAACAUACAUACACCAUGUAAAUUCUUAAGUAAUAUUUUAUUAUAAACAAUUAUCAUUUGGAAUUCAUUUUAACGAAAAAUCGUAACACAGCAUCGGGCAAUGAGAUUCGCAUUUCCCUCUAUAUGCUAUCUAGUUAAAUUUAUGUACACUGCGGUGAACUAGAGUUAUGUAAGACAGGCUUUCUGUUGGACCUAAUCUCGAAAUGGUUACAACCUGUCUUGAGACCUUUUUACAUAGCUCUAAUUGGUUAAUUUCUGGUAUAUUUAAUGAAUAUAUACACAUAAGUAAUUA